AUGACAGAUUCUGACAGCGAUGACUCUGAGUUCGAGCUGCCACGUGUCGCUUCAGGCGGAGGCCGAUCGGCUUCGAUGAGUGGUGAAGAUCAGACGAAAGACAUGCUUUAUUACGAUGAGACGUUGGGAUUCACCACAGAUGGAGAGAAUAAUCGACAUACUCCCGAACGAAAACAGUCGACAUACUUGGAUCGGAUGGAACUAGAAAAGAAGCAUUUCGAUAUGAUUAACGAGAGAAUCGUCGAUGACGUCACAAUGGAUCAAUUCUAUAAACCACACAGCAUCACUGUCCUCGUCUUGGUUAUCGCCUUUCUGCUUUAUAAAGCUGCGUUUGGUAAAACCGACAACACGACCGAGAAGAAUUUCUACGAGGGAUUCCUUGGCGCCGGUGCCCUAUUCCUACUGAUCAGUGCUCUCACUUUCCCGAAUGGACCAUUCAUCCGACCACAUCCGAUCCUUUGGCGUGUCAUUUUUGGACUCUCUGUCAUUUAUGUCAUAGUUCUUCAAUUCGCUUUGUUUCAGAAUUAUGAGGAUUUGAAGAAGAUCCUCACUUGGCUCGAUCCAGAAGGACUCGGACAGAAAUCACUGGAAGAGAAGGAAUACGCGUCGGACUGUUGGGAUUUGUCGUGGGAGAAGAUUUACAGCCACGUGGAUUUCUUCGCAUUCUCUCAUUUCACCGGAUGGAUUAUGAAGACGUUGUUGUUGAGACAUUGGGUCCUUUGCUGGUUUAUUUCAAUUAUAUGGGAGUUUACAGAGAGGAGUCAGAGAUCGUUUAACCAUUCAGACAUCGAAUCAAAUGACUCGAUCCUCGAGGUGCUGGACCCCGAGGAGAUGCCGAUCCGAUGCCUGAAUGAAUCCCUGAGAAACACCAAUUGUCCUCAGGGAAAUCUAUCCAAUCCCUCAGGACGUACUAGUCGUAAAUUAAUGUUCAUCGAUCUUCUCCCGAAUUUCGCCGAAUGCUGGUGGGAUUCGCUCAUUCUCGACGUCCUUCUUUGCAAUGGAAUCGGAAUUUAUGUCGGAAUGAAGUUGUGUAACUUUCUUCAAAUGCGGCAGUUCCAUUGGGAAAGUAUCAAAAAUAUCAAAACACGUCGUGGAAAAAUGAAGAGAUUCGCGUUGCAAUUCACGCCAGCGAGUUGGAGUGGAUACGAUUGGUUCUACAGUAAAUCGUUCUCCAAUGCGAUUCGUCGCACUUUUCUUCUAACGUUCUUGGUCUCUUUUUGGCUGCUCGCCGAGCUCAACACAUUCUUCAUCAAACACAUCUUCGCAAUCGACACGAAACAUCCGGUCGUCUUCUGGAGAAUUAUAUUGAUCGCAGUGAUCGCCGCGCCGACUAUUAGACAAUUCUACGUCUUCUCAACCGAUCCACUCACUCGUCGAGUCGGCAUGCAAUCAUGGAUUUUCGUUGUCGUUUGUGUUCUGGAAUUGGCGAUUUGUAUGAAAUGUGGAGGAGAGGUUUUCGCGAAGACCACACUCUGGAAAUUGGGUCUCUGGAUCGCUUCUAUAAUGAUUGGCACAAUCAUUUGCAUCGUCGCUUCCACGUGGUACGCUGAAAAUUUCGGAUCGACCGCCCGUGUGACUGUCAAAGGACGUCGCCGCCUGUGCUAUUUGGAGUCGUCACACGAGAAUCUUGGAAUUCUGGCCGAUGACGUCAUUAAGAAACGUGAAGAGUACUUGACGUCGCCGAAACGGCAUUAG